GUGCACAGCCAAGAGGCGUGGCAGGGGGCGCCGUUGGUUGGCCGGCGGCGGGCGGGCGGGGGCGGGGGCGGGUCAUGGCCCUGCUGUUGUGCCUGGGCAUGACGGCGGCGCUGGCCCGCGGCUGCCUGCACUGCCACAACAACUUCUCAGACAGGUUUUCCUUCUACCGCCACCACGUGAACCUCAAGUCCUGGUGGGUGGGUGACAUCCCCGUGUCGGGAGCGCUGCUCACCGAGUGGAGCCAGGAUACGAUGAGGGAGCUGCACCUGGCCAUCCCCGCGGAGAUCACCCGGGAGAAGCUGGAGCAAGUGGCGAGAAUCGUGUACCAGAAGAUGGAUCAGCUGUACCAGGGGAAGAUGUAUUUCCCGGGGUAUUUCCCCAAUGAGCUGCGAGCCAUCUUCCGGGAGCAGGUGCACCUCAUCCAGAACGCUAUCAUCGAAAGCCGCAUCGACUGUCAGCGUCACUGUGGCAUUUUCCAGUACGAGACCAUCUCCUGCAACAACUGCACAGACUCGCACGUCGUCUGCUUCGGCUACAACUGCGAGUCCUCGGAGCAAUGGGAGGCAGCGGUGCAGGGCCUUCUCAGUUACAUAAGUGACUGGCACAAACAGGACACGAGCAUGAGAACCACCCCAGCCUUCCUGGUAUCACCGAGCUUCACGUGUCUGGAGCCCCAACACCUGGCCAACCUGACCUUGGAAAAUGCCUCUGAGUGCCUGACUCAGCACUGACGGCCGGCAGGCCCGCCCCAGAGCAACGGGAGGCCAGGACUCCCCUGGACUGUCCCAGCCUGUCGCCUGGAGCAGGCUGAGCUGACUGACUGCUGCCCCUGGUCCCCCUCUGACUUCCGACAGAGCCCAGCAGCCCGAGCCGGGAGGCGGGGGUGGGUUUGUACGUAGCAUCAGCACCUGGCAGGACCACAGAGCUAUUUGAUGCGAUGAUUAAAAUACCUGAUGUUUCUCAUGGAA